AUGGUUUCGCAGACACUUUUGGUUAUGUCAAUAUCUCUUUUUGUUGGUUUAAACAUAUUUUUUGUGGCACAAGCUAAAGACUUUAACCAAGACAUUGACAUAACAUGGGGUGAGGGCAGAGGAAACAUUUUGAACAAUGGUACUCUUCUAAACCUUGCUCUUGAUCAAUCUUCGGGCUCAGGGUUUCAAUCGAAAGACGAGUAUUUGUACGGAAAAGUCAAUAUGCAGAUCAAACUUGUCCCGGGAAACUCUGCCGGGACCGUAACCACCUUCUACUUGAAGUCUCAAGGAUUAACAUGGGACGAGAUCGAUUUUGAGUUCUUAGGGAAUGUAAGUGGAGAUCCAUACAUACUUCACACUAAUGUUUACACUCAAGGCAAAGGUGAUAGAGAGCAACAAUUCUACCUUUGGUUCGAUCCAACAGCUGAGUUCCACAACUAUUCUAUUCUAUGGAAUCCGAGUCACAUAUUGUUUUAUGUUGAUGGGAAGCCAAUUAGAGAAUUCAAGAAUUUGGAAGCAAUGAGUGUGGCUUAUCCAAAGAGCCAACCCAUGAGAAUGUAUGGUAGUCUGUGGAACGCAGAUGAUUGGGCCACGAGGGGAGGCUUGGUCAAGACAAACUGGUCACAAGGACCAUUCAUAGCCUCUUUCAUGAACUACAACUCUGACAAUGCUUGUGUUUGGUCCAUUGAUAAAGGAACCACGAAUACUACUCCUUGUAGCCCCGGUGGCUCGUCUACUUCUUCUUCGAGCAGUACUAACGAGUGGUUUUCGCAAAGAGGGAUGGAUUCUUCGAGCCAGAAGGUUCUUAGAUGGGUUCAGAGGAAGUUCAUGGUUUAUAAUUAUUGUAAGGAUAAGAAACGGUUCUCUCAGGGUUUGCCUGUUGAAUGCACUGCCAAGAACAAGAACAAAAAGUCUUGA